UGAACAUCCUACCUACCUAAAUAAAUCCAAGCAGGAAACAUGUUCUGAACGUCCUAGCGAAAUAAAUCCAAGUUUUUAAGUGUGAUUUGGCCAUCUGAACGUCCUACCUAUAGAUAUGUACGAUGGAGCCAUUAACCACGUAAGGUAGCAUAUUCUGAUAAGGUAGCACGGAUUGAUAGACAAGACCAUAAAUUUACGCUACGGUAGCGCUACGGUAGGAUGUUUUGACAAGGUAGGACGUUUUGUCAGAACACCGGUAUUACAUCAUGACUACUGCUAAGUUGCUGCUCUUCCGGGCUCUUCUCGCUGGGUUUGUUCUGCAGUCCAUACUCCGGCCCGUCUCCUCCACGCUGAGGUACUCGUCAUCAGAGCUACUCUUCCUGCGCUUCCAGCACCUCUCGACCUUUCCGCCGGCUUCACUGCUACACCCUGCGAUCGCCUGGCGCCCGCGUCAAAAGUAUGUCCACCGCGGAUCCAGACGGAACUACAGGAUCGACAGCAGGAAUUCGAUACCAUCCCUGUGGUCAUCUCACCGCCGCUCCGCUAGGAAGCCUGGUAAACGGACUUCUGACCCUGGUGUGCUUGCUAGCCCUGCCCGGUCGGUUUGCAAAGCUUGCGGCGACUACCCCGUUUCCGUCGGAUUGCUUAAUGUCCGAUCCCUCUCCAACAAGGGACCUCUUGUUUAUGAUCUUCUUAAUGAUCAUAACCUGGACUUUCUAUGUCUGACGGAGACCUGGCAGCGUCCAAAUGAUUUUGCCGAUCUCAACCUGACUACUCCGCCUGGAUUUGUUUACACCUGCCAGCCCCGUGUGUCGGGACGUGGGGGUGGCCUUGCGAUCCUGUACAACAGCAAGUAUAAGGUCAGACAGGAGGACAAGAGAAGGAUCAAGACAACAAAGAUGGAGGAAAGGAGGACGGAUCUGUUUUACUGAUUGUUGCUCUUUAUCUUGCUGCUGUUGUUGCUGCUGCCGCUGCUAUUGCUGCUAAUGCAAUUGUUAACUUUGUGAAGUCACAAAGAAACUUUUGUGAUUCUAAACCUGUUAGUGAUCCAGAUGCUACAAUGCCUCUUUCCACUUCAGAUGAUCUGAAGAUGAAUUAGAACUCUGCUGUACAUCCAUCAGAUGGCUGCAGACGUCAAACAUCCAUAACGUGGUGUUAUCUCUCAUUUCUCUGAUGAUCAUCAUGUUCAGACUCAGACCAACAGUGUGUGUCUGUGCUGUCUGUCAGUGACUCUGAACUACAGAUUAUUCAUCUUCAGGCUGUUCAUGAGAUUUACUGACACAAAGUCAAACUGUGUUACAAACACACAUGAAUUUCUGAGCUCUGAUCUCAGAGUCAGUGAGUGUUUUUGUGUUGGAGCUUCAGGUUUAGCAGAUAUUUGUAAGAACUUACUUGGCCUUUUGGGUUUUGAAUGUAAAUUGUUGUUUGUUUUAAUGUAAAUUAAGCAGACAUCUUUUGUGCUGGUGUAAAUAACAUCCUGUGACCUUUUCCUCUUUAAGUGGAGCACAAAAAACAAGUUUGUAUAGCCAGCCUUUUUUUUUUUUUACCUGAUGUUACUUAAUAUUAUUAUUAUUAUUACUGAUGUGUAGGGAUGGGGUUCUGACAUAAACGGUAGUAACCAGACCGAAAAGCAGCGCACAUUUCGGUGCUUUAUUUCGGUGCUUUUUUUUUUCUUGAGCCAAUUCUAGCCAAUCAUUUUACGUUUCCGAGGAAAGUAGGCGGGCUCAGGUACAUACGUUAUUUUAGAGCAGACCUACAGAUUAAAAAUGUCCAAGGCGAAGCGGUCAAAAGUCUGGCUGUACUUCGCAGCAAACGAUGCAAACUCAGCAGCCUGCAACAAGUGCUUUAAGCUGAUACUGUGAUACUGUC